UUGGGGGUUGCCCGUUACCAAGUGCAAAAUAUUAUAUUUACUAACAACCACCAAACAAUGAUAAUUACAGUGUUUAAAGUUAAUUGUUUUCAUAGAUAAAGUUAUUCCCCCAUAAGCCAUGCUACAACAUCGCAAAGUUACGCAAACAGUCUUUUUUAUUUAGUCUAAUGUGGGUUCCAAACAAAUCAUAAAUGUCAGCUGAUAAUACGUCAUUUCCGUGUCAAUAACCCGGAAAAGCAUGGCGGAUGUUUUCAAAAUUAUGAAGAUUGCAACUAAAUCUGACGUUUUAUAGCAAUUAACAUCAAACAAUGCCUGGGAAGGACAGAUUCUUGGUAGUAAUAUCGGUUUUGGAAGGACGAAGAUUUCCCAAAAGGCCAAGACAUAAAAUUAUCGCAGAGGCGCGCUUUGAUGGGGAACUUCUUGCCACUGAUCCUGUGGACCAUGUUGAGAAUCCCGACUUCACACAGGAGUUGGCAUGGGAGUUGAACAAGAAGGCACUGCAACAGCAUCGUCUACAGCGAACGUCCAUCAAGAUACAGCUCUAUGCAUACGAUGUUCACAGCACACUCAAAGAAGCCAUUGGCUAUGUUGUUCUUGAUCUUCGUUCAGCAUCAGCCAACAAGCAGGUUGCCAAGUACUACCAGAUCUUGCAUUCUAAAUACCACAAGUCUAAACCAGAGAUCCGGUUAGCUCUGUACCUUGAUGAUGAUAAAACUCCACAACCCGACUCCAGUGAAAAACCCAUUGUUGUCCCAUCAGCUGGCCGUGAUGAUGGGGAAGCUAUUGAUCCCAAGGCUUUUGUGCCAGUACUAAAUGAUGAAGAAGGUUACUAUCAAAUCGGCUCUGCUGCAAAACACACAGAACACUUCGUGUUGUCUGUUACAAUUGCACACGCUGCAAACCUAGCACAGUUGAUUCCAAGCACCACAACAUUACCUGCUGGAGCCCAUGGCUAUUUCUUCUAUUACUCACUGCUUGGAAACGACGUCACCAACGAAAACUUCAGUGACCUCAUUAAAGCCAAUUUCCCCGCAGAAAGGGCGUCGGUGCGAGUGAGAAGCAGUGUUGAUGCUCUGCGACUGUUUUUAUCCAAUCAGCCGGGUCUUCAGAUCCACCUCUGCUGUGGAGACCAGUCUCUGGGCAGUGCCAACAUUUCACUGGGAUCUCUUAUUAAGAAAGGCAGCACGGAGAUCUACAUGCGACCAGUUACCAUUGAUGGAGCUUUUGAGCUGGUCCCACCAAACCUUACGAAGAAAGAGCUGCCUUCUAUGUCGCCAGACCUGAUGCCGACUGUUGGGGUGUCCAUUGUUUUAAGAAAGGAAGAUCAGGUCAUGAAAACACCCGUGAAGGGAUCAACAGAAAAGCUAAACACCAUUGGUUCAUCUCCAGUUUUAAAAUCGCCAAUCAAGCAGGAAAUAUCGAAGCCUGGAGAGAGACCACAGAGGGCAGAAGGGCAUAUGGCGUCCCAUAAAGCAAAACCCGAAGAAAGGGAGAAGAAAAGUCACAAAGGAAAACUUGAAUUAAGGGAGAAGGUAGCCCACAAGACAAGAGUGGAGGAAGAGGAGAAGGUGGUGCUAUCCGGAAAUGUGGAAGAUAACAAGGACAAUAAUUACACUGAUGACUUUGAGGAAGGUAACAGCCUGGAAGUCCGAGACACAGAGGUAGCACAUGGACAUGAUAAACCCCAGUCUGAAUUGAUCAGACCUGUUUCUUCUGUUAGCACAGAUGAUCACCAUCACCAAUCAUCCAACGAAGAAACCACAUCCGAGAGUACGACGCUGCACCACAUGGCGAUCCCGCCCCAGUCUCACCACUUCACCUUCUCCAUCGACCUGCGCAGCAUCCGAGACCUGGUGUCAACCACCACACACAACGUCUUUCUCAGAUACACAUAUCAGUUUUUCGGAAGUGCUGCCCCGAUCCUGACUCAUCCUCCACUUGAAAUCAGGAAGGGUUCAGAGGUUCUUCUCCCUCGAUCGUUCUGUGCCUUUGACUUCGCCUGUACAUUGCAGCAACUCCAGGACACUUUUUUCAGAGUUCCGCUCAUUGUCGAGGUGUGGAAUCACGACCAUCAACUCUCGCAGGACUUCCUGGUGGGCGUGGCCAGACUGCCGCUUGGCAACGUCAUCUCGUCCGACAAGUCGAGAGUCAUGAGCGACAGUGGUUUUAGUGGUUGGAGACAGGAAUACAGUGAUCGUCUGGUGGUAACUGCACCUGACGGGAAGCAGCAACGGGUAGCUGAACUGAGUGUUGUGUUGAGUUUAGAAGACUGGGGACCGAUGCCUGCCCAGCCCAUCAUGAAUAACCAGCCUGUACAAACAGCACACACACAGAUGCCCCCAGGCAUGCAGUCGAGACCCGCCCAGGCUGACGACGGGCCCACGGAUCCCCGCAAGACCGCCGAGUAUCAAACCGCUCUCGAGCUGGAGAUGUGGAAAGAAAAACAGGAGCAAGUGUUUGAGAAUCAGCUGAAGGAGAAGGAGAUGAUGUGUCUGAAGGCGCUGGGUGAAGAGUGGAAGAAGAGAGACAGAGAGAGGGAGGUGCUCGUGCAGAAAAAGAUGACAGAAUAUGCUCGACUUGAAGAAAAACUUCAGAGAACUUUGCUUGAUUUGGAGAAGAGAGAAAGACAGUUGGCUGCUAAUGAACAAGAGGUGAUGCGACUGAGGGCAGACCUUCUGCGUGAACACGACCGCAAGUUGCAGGAAAUGAAAGAAGCAUCGCACCGCAUGAAGUCUGACUGUGACCACCAAAUAGAUCUGGAGAGAAUGAAAGUGAAAGAAUACGAAGAAAUAAUUGCUAGGUAUAAACAAGAGCUGUUGGAUGCUGAAAAGAAGUAUAAGAAUUUGGAAAAAGAAUUUGCCAUUUACAAAGAACAGCAAAACACUAAGCCAGAGGUUCGACUUCAGUCAGAAAUCAACUUGCUCACACUAGAAAAGGUUGAGUUGGAGAGGAAGCUGGACGCAUUGACCAAGUCGAAGGUACACUACAAGCAGCAGUGGGGGCGGGCCCUGAAGGAGCUGGCGCGCCUGAAGCAGAAGGAGCAGGAUCUGGCGAAGGCGCAUCUGAAGCGGCAGCAGCAGGAGCUGGAGCACAUGAGGCUGCGCUACCUGGCUGCCGAGGAGAAGGACGUCGUCAACUCGGAGAAGAAGGAACUCCAGGAAAUCAAAAACGAACUCAACAGAUUACGACAGCUGGAGGAAGAGAAGUUGAAACAGCUGUCGGACUCGAACAUCCUGAUAAACAGUCCGCGCCAGGUGAACGACUUGAAGGGCGAUCUGAACGCGAGCCUGGAUGACCAUAUCACGCGACUCAUUGAGGAGCGUGACACGCUUCUGCGUACGGGCGUGUACACGACGCAGGACAAGAUCAUUGCCGAGCUCGACAGACAGAUCAGAGAGGCGAUCGCGCAGAAAAACAGCUGAAAUAUCGACGUGCGAGUAACUGUGUCGUAAUGGGUUACAAACCACAACUUAAGAAUUGUUUUUAUUAUUAUUUCUUCUUUUUUUUUAAUUAAAUUCUAAAACAGGAUAAUUAUUUUAAUUUAAUUAAAUUCUGAAACAUGGCAUUUCACACAUGAGGACAGAAAGGAAACUUUUUAUGUUUGGUUUAAAUCAUAGUAGUAGAAAAUUACUAUUGUUAGUAAUUUUACGAAAUAAAUUAAAAUGUGUUAAUAUGCAUAUAUCAGGACAAAAAGGAAACUUUAUGUUUGGUUUAAAUCAUAGUAGUAAAAAAUUACUAUUUUUAGCCAUUUUACGAAAUCAAUUAAAAUGUGUUAAAGGAAUGCUAAAGCAAGGCUUUUGGACUGGUGUGCAUAUUCAACGAUACAUAAUGCACAUUAUUUC